GCUCUGUGGCAUGGCCGUGAUUUCAGCUCCAUGUGAGACUUUCUUCCUCAUUUCCUUUCCUGGUCUUCUUUUCUUUCCCAACCUCGAGCCGUGUCCUUUCUGCUAUAAAUAUAACCACUAAAGCUUCUUCUCUCUCCCACACUGGACCUCAUCUCAGCUCAUCUCAGCUCUCUCUUCUUCUGAGCUCAACCUCACUUCCCUUUUCUUCUCAGGGCUUGAAAAUGGCUACAUUAUACUCAGCUCUGCUUGCAUUUUCUUUGCUGUUUGCAAGUUCGGCCUUUGCAGCAAAAUAUGUCCCGUUUGAAGGGCUCUUGGCCAAUGGCAACUUUGAAGAAGAACCGAAACCAAAAGACCUCAGCAAAACUGUACUCAAGGGGAAAUACUCGCUGCCCAAAUGGGAAAUACAAGGCUUCGUUGAGUACAUCUCAGGGGGACCUCAACCAGGCGGCAUGUACUUUCCGGUGGCUCACGGCGUCCAUGCAGUGAGGCUUGGCAACGAGGCUUCAGUUUCCCAGACCAUAAAGGUCAAGCCAGGCGCCUUGUAUGCUCUAACUUUUGGUGCAUCAAGAACCUGUGCCCAAGAUGAGGUUUUGAGGGUCUCAGUGCCUCCUCUGACUGGGGAUCUUCCCUUGCAAACUCUGUAUGACAGUUUUGGAGGUGAUGUUUAUGGAUGGGGAUUCAGAGCCACUGCCAAUACUGUUACUGUAACAUUCCACAAUCCUGGAGUUCAGGAGGACCCUGCUUGUGGCCCUCUCUUGGAUGCCGUUGCUAUUAAGGAGCUUUCGCCUGUUUACCCUACUAGAGAUAAUUUGGCCAGAAAUGCUGACUUCGAGGAAGGACCUCACAGGCUGUUUAACUCUUCUAAUGGAGUGCUCAUCCCUCCAAAACAAGAAGACGCCACUUCUCCACUUCCCGGAUGGAUCAUUGAGUCCCUUAAAGCCGUGAAGUUCAUCGAUUCGAAACAUUUCAAUGUUCCAUCUGGAAACUACGCGGUCGAGCUUGUUGCAGGGAGAGAAAGCGCCAUUGCUCAGGUCAUCAGGACUGUUCCCAACAAGUUCUAUACUCUCACUUUCCUUGUUGGUGAUGCCAAGAAUGGCUGUCACGGAGCAAUGAUGGUCGAAGCUUUCGCUGCCAAAAACACAGUCAAAGUUACCCAUGAAUCUCAAGGAAAGGGUGCUUUCAAGACUGGCAUCCUGAAAUUCAAAGCAAUUGAUGCCAGAACCAGGAUUACAUUUUUCAGCUCAUACUACCACACUAAGAAAGAUGACUUCGGUUCUCUUUGUGGUCCUGUCCUUGAUAAAGUUCAGGUUGUCCCCAUAGCAUAGAUAAGAUAAUCGGUUUGAGCAGCCUGCGUUAUAUGAAAUUGUAGAGAUUUUUGGAACAUUUUAAGUCCAAGAAGAGUUGUAUAUUAGAUCGUUGAUGGUGAGAGAUAUAAGCAUAUAUGCUCUACUAUAGUUUUCCGAGUGUGAAUUUGGUUCUGCCUUCAAAUGGCGUUACAUUACAUGAACAACUUUAUUUUCCUGGAAAAUUUUUAUGUAUUCGAACCAUACAUUGUCCUAAUCCAAAACAUUGGGAUUGAAUAAUUUAGUUACUUUAAUUAGAUUUCAAUUAUUUUUCGUGGGCA